CUUGAGGGUCAUAGUGACUGGGUAACGAGCGUGGCGAUCAGCGAGGACGGCAAGACGGCUGUCAGCGGGAGCUGGGAUAACACGUUGAGGGUGUGGGACCUUGCGAGCAUGACGGAGAAGGCUUGUCUUGAGGGUCAUAGUGAUACGGUAGAAAGCGUGGCGAUCAGCGGGGACGGCAAGACGGCUGUCAGCAGUUGCAUGGACUCC